AUGCACGGCGCACAACUGAGCUUUUCAUUGGCUCACAGGGGACAGGCACACUACGCGAUGGCCGCCACUGAGCGAUGUAUCGAAGGAAUGACCAGCCCCACGGCCUCUGAAGGUGAAGGAAUGACCAGCCCCACGUCCUCUGAAGGUGAAGGAAUGACCAGCUCCGCGACCUCUGAAGGUGAAGGAAAGAGCAGCCUCACGGCUUCUGAAGAUGAAGGAAAGACCAGCCCCACGGCCUCUCAAUGUGAAGGUAUGACCAGCCUCACGGCCUCUGAAGGUGAAGGAAAGACCAUCCCCACGGCCUCUCAAUGUGAAGGCAUGGCCAGCCUCAUGGGCUCUGAAAGUGAAGGAAAGAGCAGCCUCAUGGAUUCUGAAGGUGAAGGAAUGAGCAGCCCCACGGCCACUGAAGGUGAAGGAAUGACCAGCCCCACGGCCACUGAAGGUGAAGGAAUGACCAGCCCCACGGCCACUGAAGGUGAAGGAAUGACCAGCUCCACGGCCGUCGCAGAUGUACGUGACACCGCCUCAUCACGAUCGAUGGCUACGGUUGAAUAUUGUGAUGUGCCUCACAUCAGCGGAUUCUUAUCUGUUGUCACGGUAGUUGUCAGUGACAUCCGGUGA